UUUACAAAAGUACAACACGGUUUUUUCCUCGAUUUUAACUGGAAAUAAGCCUGCACUUUCAUGAAUUAGUGGCUUUUAAUUGCUAAGGGGUAAUCAUGCGGGCAUUCCACUGAACAAUGGUAUCCGCUAAAGCGCUAAACAGCAAAAUAAAGUUAAUGAAGUUUCGUUUGUCAUAUCUUAUAUGCUUGUGCCUAGGUUUACGAGCAAGGGAUGUGCUAUGUGUUCGCAAAGAUGAUAAGACCGAAGUUGGCCAUGAAAGCUGUGAAAGUAAUUUAACCAAGCCUAAUGCUUUGGAGUCUUGCAAUACACAACCCUGUCCACCUGAGUAAGUUAAUAUUAACGAAUAAUUCAAUCUGUGACUGAGAUCAUUUGAGCGAUUGAAACCGAAGAUGUGGCACAGGGGACACAUGUUUGAUGCUCGGCUUAUACAAACUACCUUUAUUUAAACUGGAAACCACUGUUAGUCCUGUCUAUUGACAAAAUACCUGGAGAAAACCUGCGAAUUAUGCAUGAUAGCCACAAUAGAAAUAUUAAUUAACCGUAGUUCAAUUAAAAAGUUACAGGUACAUGUAUUAUAUAAAUAUAAACAGGCGGAUGGAAUGAAAAAACAAGUAAUAAUAUUUCUGUACCCUAAUUCUACAAUAUAUUGCUAUUAUCAAUUGCUGGCCGUGUUCAGGCUCAAACUAUAUACUAGAUCAGACCAAGUUUUGUUUUCGUUUUGUUCCCAUGUUCCCACUGCAAAAUUUCCCUUGUUCCUUUGUUCCUUAGACCGGCCAGGAAGUGGUUUGGAAUGCAAUUCCGAAACUAACAAAUGAUAGUAUGAUACACAUAAUUGUAACUUACAGAUGGUACAUCACCGCCUGGCAAACGUGUUCCUUGUCUUGUGGAAAAGGCUUUCAACAACGAAGUGUUGUGUGCCGUCAGAAAAUAGCUGAAAAUAAAUGGAAUACAAUCACAAAUGAAACAUUGUGUGUUGAACCUAAGCCAGUUGUCUCACCACUGGAGAGAAACUGCAAUGAAAUUAGCUGCCCACCUGAAUACGUAGCAGGACAAUGGUCUGAGGUAAACAAGCGGAUUUACUGAAAACCAAUCAUAUACAGCCCAAGAAAAACUACUAAACAGUUUUGUGAAAACAUUGUUUCCAAGCCAUGUUCAGUCCCGAUGUUGGGUAAAUUAAAACAGAAAACAACUGCAACAAAAGUCACAAUUGUGAAAUAUAGUAAGCAUUUUUGUUUCCGCAACCGGUUUUAAAUAGCAUUUGGGGAAACAUUCAAAAAAACAUUCCACAUCUUUGCCGUCAUUCGUUCAAAGUAAAUAAUAAUUGGCAAAUUGCUCAUUAAUUAUAAUCUUGGUCCUUGGACAAAACGGCUGAGAUUAUCGGAUGAAAUUAAUGUACAUGACACUAACAUUAAAACCUAAUUGAUGAGCGCCUCCUUUCAAGUUCAAAGUUGAGAACAACCUCCAAACAACUUCUGGAAUAUAUCAGGAUCUAAAUUUAACAUAACAUGCAUAUACAUGCACUAUGGUAUACUAGUUUUAAAACUGUAUAUUUACUUUCUUGGUUUAUCAAGAACUAACAUGCACGUUAAUUAAACUAUUAUUCUUUUGUUCCUCAUUGUUUAAAUAGUGUUCAACAACAUGCAGUCUUGGCGUGAUGACCAGACAACUGACUUGUCAACGACGAACUGCUACUGGUAUAACUGAACAUCUUCCUAAUUUGUGGUGUGAAAACUAUGGAUCAAUCAAACCCUCAAUCACAGAAGAUUGCAAUGAUGACUCGCCUUGUGAACGUAAGUAAGCACGACUACAUAGUUAUGGCAAGGAAGAAUACAGUCCAAAAGCCCUUUAUAAUCCUUAAGGACUAUAGUAUCUUUAUAAUCCUUAAGCCAGCUGCUCCUGGUUAGGUCCAAAAUUGUAUAAUUAUAUUAAUCUUCCUCUCGAAAUUUUCAUCUACAAAAACCCUUCAAAUUUCCAUUGACUUGACAUUCCAUCGCAAACUUCAACUUCCAGUUUUUCCAGGACAAACUUCAACUUUUAGGGUUUCGAGAAAAGUUUCUGGCGAUGUUAAACUGUACUUCAUAGGUGGUUAUGGUGUCGUACUGUCGUCAACAAAGACGAUGACGUAUCGUUGUUGCUAUCAAGGGUCAAGUGGUGAUCCCAUGACAACAUCAUAAAAUUAUAUAGUUUCCGGCCAUCUAAUCAAGCUUCAUGACAAGCACAUGAGUCCGAAAUGGAUUUUUGGAGCUUAGUUUACUUUCUGCAGUUUAAUUUAUUAGAUUUCUUUCAUCUUGUUUAACUGCUUACACCACUUGUGAGUGGACCCCAGUCCGACGAUUUAGUCCCGCUAUGCAAAUAUUUUCGUGUUUAUUGACUGUGAAAACAAUCAAUUUCUAAAGAAAUGAAUGAUAAUAAUUUUGAAUUUGCAUAGCGGGACUAAAUGGUCGGGCAGGCUACGCCACUGAACUCAAUUAGUCAAGGUCGACUUCUUUCCAAAAGAUAUGAAUUCAUAAAUUAUAGCCUAAUGAAUUAUAUUCGAAUCAGCGUAUGGGAAAUGAAGAAAUGUUAAGAACAACAAGCAUAUAGUCAAUUGGGACAUGAUCUGGAAACUCGGCAAAUCCCAAAAGAAUCUACAAUGUGCUACGAUUUUAUCGGUUAGGACAGCUUCACUUUGCACUAUUAAUAUUUCAACAGUAGAGUUGGGUGAUUCAGCGAGACGAUGCCAUUGUAUAUAUGACUGUUUAAAAUCCAUUGUGCCAAAAAUUCAUAGUCUUCACCGUGCACGUUUGCAUAUAACCAUGAACAAAAAUAUAGGAAGAAAGACGUUGGUCAGUUUCCUGGCCAUAUCUUGAUUGACUAUAAUUCGAGUAUGUUACCAUGUAUCAAUUGAAUUAAAAGAUAAUUUUGAAGCUUCAUUCAUAACAGAAAAUUUGGAAAUUUAUUCUUUCAUUUCCUUCUACCUAGCUCCACCUGAAAAUACUAUUGGGUGUUUUGUACUGGACGCGAACAUAUUUCCAACGUUACUGGCAAACUUCCAAGAAAGCUUAGAUUAUAAUAAUGUCCUCGUGACUGCUCGCUCCUGUGCACGACUGGCAUUCCAUCAAAACUACAGAUACUUUGGCCUUGCAAACAACGGGGAAUGUCGUGUUGGACCUGAUAUGAAGUCAAACUUUUUUAAACCUCAAACCUCUUCACAGUGUUCUUCAUCCGUUGGGAAAACCGGCGCAAUAUAUGUUUACACCUUGGGUAAGAGGAAGCAGUUUUAGUAAGCGUUAUGGAAAGCAACUUCAGAAAUAUUAACACUUAGGGGCCGAUUACAUGGAGCAUUUUCAACCCCGGAAUUGAACUCAGCCCUGUUUACCGGGUUGAAAUUUCACCCUGUCUGUAAUACAAAACUCUAUCAAAAUCAAACGCGCGAUUACAUGACAAAAUUUGAGUUCAACCCUGGGGUUGAAAUUUCAACCCUGCUUAGCUAGCAGGAGUUAAAAUUUCAACCCCUGGGUUGAACUCAGCCCUGGGUUGAAAAUUUUGUCAUGUAAUCGUUUCAACCCAGGGCUGAAAUUAUCAUGUGUUAUUCGAGCAUACGUGGUAGUGACUAUUUAUUACAAGAAAACAAAAUCAAAGGCUUUUUUACUUCCGCGAAUCGAUGCCGAGAACGUAUAGUAUAACGUUUCAACCCUGGGGUCGAAAUCGUCCAUGUAAUCGUAAAAAAUUUCAACUCGGUUAACAGGGCUGAGUUCAACCCCGGGGUUGAAAAUGCUACAUGUAAUCGGCCCCUUACAUCUCUCAAAUACAAGACUACGAUAUAUGAGAAAUAUAUCAUCCGCAUGGUAACUGCAGGUUGACCACCAUCUGCUGCCGGUUGUAUAAAGCUCUUAACCGGCUACUUUUUAACUACCCGUUUUGUAGUUAAAUUGUAGUUAACUUUAACCACGUAGUUAGUAAGUCGGUUGUAUAAAAAUAUAAUUUAUAGCGUUAACUGCAGUUAAAAAGUAGUUAAAGUUAAUUAUGCUCGAGGGUAUCGUUAACUUCUCAAAAUGUAGUAAAAAAAAUGGCGCUUGUAUAGGAGUGAACAACAUUUUUCAGUAAAACAAUAAUCAAAAGCAACGCUUAUCUGGGAUUUUCAAUCGCUAUCUUCCCUGUGAAUGUUUCCUGACAAUAUACAAACUCUUCAAAUGCUAUCGCUUUGCCUUCGGUGUUUUUUUUUGCGAAAACAGAAUAUAUUUUGCACAGGAAUAUUUCUGGACGACGACGGUCGAUGUUGGGCCCAUUAGACGAAAAAACAUAUGUAAUUGCCAAACAGUUACACUCUGGUUUAACAUAGACAUCUGAAGGAAAAACGGCCUUCUUUGAUUUUUUUCAUUCCCGCCUAUUUGCAAAAUGCGAGUCCACAAUCAUGUUAAAAUGCUUGUCAGCGGUCGUUAAUCACUGCUUACUUUAUGUAAUUGCGUGUUUAAACGCCCCACGCACAGUUAACUACGUGAUUAGUUAACUAACCGACUAACUACCGGUUUAAACGUUUUGACCAACGCAGUUAAGUCAUGUAGUUAACUAUAACUACAUUUAAGGAUUUGACUAUACGGUAGUUAACAUAAACUGCAUUUAACUUUAACUACGUUUUUAUACAACCGGCCCCUGUACUAUACAUUACCAUAAAUAAUCUAUUUUAAUAAAGGUUUUUUGACUGAUUUAUAACUCUCAUUUCUUUUCCUUUCUAAAAUAUAAAGACGAACUACCUGUUAUUACCCCAGUGGGAUGUUAUAAAGACCGAGCUGACCGAGCUAUGCCUGUAUUUUACAAGAGUUUCCGUAACCAGAUAAACUGGUAUUCUAUGGAAAGUACUGUCAAUCAAUGCGCUCAAGUUGCAUAUGGAAGUGGUUUCCAGUACUUUGGAGUGCAAUUCUAUGGCGAGUGUUGGUCAGGAGCUAUGGCAAACGAAACGUACGACAAAUAUGGUGAAACUACCACUUGCUGGGAGGGAGUUGGCAAAGACUGGACAAAUUUCGUGUACAAAUUUGAUUGACAAGGUAUUGGCAUUGCAUCAACCUCGUACCCAGGGUCCUCCCUGUUGGAGAGGAAAACCCUUUUAGGAGCUGGUCAUAUGAUCUGCUAAAAUCUAGCAGAUUUUUAAUUAGCUUUGUUAUAUACAUUUGGAAGAGAAAAUGCAGUAGUUGAGUGACUUUUCCAUGUGCACAACAAGUGUUGUUUAUUUCCAAUAAAUGACAAAAAAUGAUGACAUGCAAUAACAAAAAAUCUGCUAGAUUUUAAAACCAGAUCAUGGAGCAGCUUCUACGAGGAUCUUUCCUCGCCAAGAGUAACCUGAAGUUCAGGCCCUAAUUUGAAAUAGGGCCUGACACAAAACCUGUCUAGACCGUGGGACGCCCACAUGUUAUUUUUAGACACACAUGCAAUAUGAUUGACAAGUGUUGUAGAUUUCGUUAGUAUCGUUACACAAAAAAAUUGUAUUCUCAUGAACAUGUCCGCAGAGUGUGCAUUUUGCUUUUUAAUUAAACUUAAAAAUUCAAGGUACUUUUAUAUAAUUAAGAGUCAGUUUCUCUAUUUAACCGAACAGCAAACAAAGAUUUAAUUAGUCAGUUCUGUGCACGGCUUGACUGCCAAGCUUUCUCAAGGUCUCAACUUGCUGGACGCGGAUAUACUCUAACGGGCUAACAACAGCAACAAUAAAUUCUCAAUCGUACCACGAAGAAGGCGAUGUAGCUCAGAAAACAACGCCGGUAGGACCUGAUAUUAAAAAUAAGACUUUUGCCGGCGAAGCCAGUUGGCAGAACAUCUUGGCUGUCAACAACAAUCUUUCGAAUACAUGACUAGUUUGGCUGUUCUUUCAGCGUCGUGUGUGUCCAAAAUUCGUCAAAGAUUUUGAUGAAGCCCUUUCAAAAUACUGUUUGUUUGAUUUAUUUUCUGCCAUAAAGCAUAAAAGAAAAGAAAUUCGAAGAAAUCGAUAAUGGAAUUUGUUACGUGCGUUUGAACUUUAUAUUACAUGCAAUUCUCGCCUUGAGCCCUUGACCGAGCUAUUUUUAAAACUGUUGUUUAUGUGAACUUACAACCAAUCAAAAUCCUUCAUGAUGCUGAUCAACCAAUCAGAUUUCCCGUCCACCAGGUGGACGGGAAUCCCACAGUUUAGAUAGGUUUUGUGUCAGGCCCUAUUCUGUGAUUAGGGCCUGAACUUCAGGUUACGCCAAGAGGGAAGAUCCUAGGCACGAGGUUGGCAUUGCAUAACACCUAGUAUAUAACAAUAGUGCCAUCCCGUCACGGCUCAGUCACCACGGUGAUCGGAUUGUUCCAUUGUCUUUUCAUUGAUUUGGAAAUCCCACUGUUCUCCAUGCCAUCCGGCCGCCAAUGGUUUUGACUAUUUGUGACGUUAUAGCCUAGUGAUGCAAUAUUUAUAUGUCUUAGAUCAAAUAGAAUCCUGAGAGUGAAAGUCUGGUAGGAAGGCGGAAAAAGGCGGAGUGCGGAAUGUGAUGCACGGAGUCUUGUUGGUUUUCUAUACAUUCGAUUUUAACUAGAUCGUCUCCCACGCUGCUGCUCUUUUUGUCGUACUCCCCCACGAGAAAUAUUAUAAUGGCGACAUAAAUAGCGACUGUGUGAUAGUCCAAAUUGGAACUUUAUCAUCACAACUUUUGAUACAGCAUAUAUUUCUCUGAGCAAAUAUUAAUGUAGGUACUCAUUUCGAACCUCGAUUAGGCAAUUGAUAUUCGAUUCAAUUGAGAAAGGUCCUCACGUUGUUGCAAUAACUUCCAGUUUAUAUGCAAUAUAUUUAGAAUCAAAAUUGUAAAUCAAGUUUACUGUAGUCUUGUAAUAUGUAUUUCAUGCACACAACUAAAAAAUGUUUUUGCUUAUACGAAGAUGUUUCCUUUGUAGUCUGAUUUGGCCGAGAAAUAGUUAAGGAUGCACACAGAUUACACUACUUAUGGUUUCUUUUUUCUUCGUUUACAGAAUCAGCCAAGUUACGACGAAUUAAACAUUAAGACAAGGUAUUAAUAAUUAUUGUUAAAAAUAACGUUAUCUGCAAUUCUACAACAAAAAGAGUUUGUGUUUAAACUAAUAAAAACACUAUUGUAUCCUUUAAAAUGU